AUGGGCAAAGAUUAUUAUAAAAUCCUGGGUUUAAGCAAAGGCGCCACUGAUGAUGACAUCAAAAAAGCUUAUCGAAAGCUUGCGCUAAAGUAUCAUCCAGAUAAGAAUAAAGAAGCAGGUGCCGAAGAAAAAUUUAAAGAAGUUGCCGAAGCGUAUGAAGUAUUAUCUGACCCCAAAAAGAAAGAAAUUUUUGAUAAAUACGGUGAAGAGGGUCUGAAAGCCGGUGGAGGUGGCGGUGGCGGUCCCGGUGCAGCUGGUCAACAAUUCUUUUAUUCCAAUGUUGAUCCCCAUCAAACAUUUCGCAUGUUUUUUAAUGGCGCAGAUCCAUUCGCAAUGUUCUUUGGUGGUGAGGGUGACGAUGAUGAUGGACCGGGCGGUGGUUUUGGAGGAUUUUCAGGAUUGGGAGGAUUUCAUUUUGGUGGUGCUGGUAUGGGCGGACGUGGAGCUCCUCAAAGUCAAAUGCAACGGAAGAAAACACAAGAUCCGCCUGUUGAACACGAACUAUUUGUUUCCCUAGAAGAAAUUGCAUCUGGUACGACAAAAAAGAUGAAAAUUUCACGGAAAGUUUUAAAUCCAGAUAAUCGCACGACACGCAUGGAAGAUAAAGUUUUAACGAUUGAAAUCAAGCCUGGAUGGAAGCAAGGUACUAAGAUCACCUUUCCACGCGAAGGCGACCAAAGUCCAUCGACCAUACCAGCUGAUAUCGUAUUUAUCAUCAAAGACAAAGUCCAUCCAGUUUUUCGACGAGAUGGUAGUGAUCUUCUCUAUACCGCAAAAAUUAAUCUCAAAGAUGCAUUAUGCGGUACGACAAUAACUGUCCCUACACUUGAACAAUCUCGUGUACGUAAAUUACAGCUAAAUGAAGUGAUUAAACCAACUACAGAAAAACGAUUGACUGGUGACGGUCUACCAUUUCCGAAACAGCCAACGAAACGAGGUGAUAUUGUUGUGAAGUUCGAUAUUAAAUUUCCUGAUACACUUACUAAAGAACAAAAAGAAGUGAUCUCGUCCACAUUACGUGCCUAA